AUGGUCAGCCCUCGGGGUCCCCCCAGGGCCAGGCCCACGGACAUGACAACCCCUGGACCCCUCCUGCCUCCUUAUGCUGUCGUAGUUGGAGUUCUGCUUCGCCUCGUUGUUUAUUUAGUCACUGUGCUGUAUAGGGAUGACAAUAAAAUAAAGAAACAAGAUAUCCCAGCAGUUUGUGAUCUUCACUGCUGUAAGGAUGUCCCUGUAAGAAAUGGCCUUAUUGGGCAGAAGCCACCCUCUAUCAACCCCGAGAGACUGAAGGAUUUUGGUGAGGAGGAUUACCUGAACGGGGAUGUGAAGACCUGGGAAAUGAAGAUAGUGAGCCGGAAUGAGGAGUUACUCAGGGAUGCCCUUUCCUGCAUCCCCCAGCCAAGCAGUAGGACCAGCCUGGCCAGCUGUAACAGGCUCAUUCGGUUUGAAGACAUUAGUGCAGCAGCCUUCAAAAUCCAGUGUGGUGUUCAGAAAACCCCCUGCAUGUACUCUAGGCUAUCCAAGCAGUAUGGAAUGGACAUCUACCUGAAGAAGGAGUUCCUCCAGUACACGGGGUCUGUGAAGGAACGAGGUGUACUUUACCUUCUGAUGUCAUUGCCUCAGGAGCAGCAAAGAAAAGGGGUGAUCGUGGCCUCAGACAGCAACUUCUCCAUGGCUGUUGCGCACCACGCCUCAGAGCUCCGCGUGCCCGUGUUCGUGAUCCUGUGCACCAGCACGGCGCCGGCCCGCGUGAGGAUGUGCCGCGACUACGGCGCCAUGGUCAUCUCCUACGGCACCACGGGCAAGGACGCCCAGCUGCACGCGCGGAGGCUGGCACAGGAGAACGGAUACCUCUACCUGGAAGAGGAGGACAGUGCUGUGUACCUGUCAGGCCUGGGGACCGUGGGGCUGGAGAUGUACGAGCAGGUGCCAAAGCUGGACGCGGUGAUUUUCCCUGCAGGAGGCCACUGUGGCUUGCUGGCAGGGUCAGCUGCUGCACUCAAACACCUCAACCCACAUAUUUCUGUAAUUGGAGUUGAAUCUGAAAGUUUCCCAGUAUUACAAGAGUCCUUAAAAGCUGGCCACCCAAAUGACGACCAGGCCUGCAACAAUCAUCACUUCUAUGGAGAUGUGAGUGGAGUUUGCUUUGGCAGCAAUUCUUUGCAGCUGACUGGGAAGCUUGUGGAUAAAGUUGUUACUGUGAGGGAGGAGGACAUCCUCAUUUCCAUGCUGAGGCUGCUGGAGUACGAGCGAGCCACGGUUGAUGCAGAAGGGGCCAUUGGGCUUGCAGCACUGGUGGCAGGGAAGCUGCCUGAGUUGAAGGGUAAAAGAGUGGCAGUUGUUAUAUGCAGUGGAAACCUGGAAUUACAUUUGCUGCAGCAGUGCAUCGCUCGCGCCCUGACCCUGGAUAACAGAGUGUGCAGAUUUUCCCUUGUGAUUUCUGACUGCCCAGGAGACAUGUCAAAGCUACUGGAGCUUUUGGCUCGGGAGGAAGCAAGAGUUUUGGAUAUCAGACAAGAACGCACAUUUGUGACAUCUGAGCUCUUCACUGUUGAGGUGAUCUGCACUGUGGAGACCAGAGACAAGAUCCACACAGCCCAGCUGAGGAAUGCACUCCUGGAACGCUACCCCACAGCUGCCUGGACGGAGCGGUGA